AUGCGUUCUGGUAACAUCCAGGCCUCGCAAGUCACAGCUUCGUCGGAAUGGGAUUCCAGUCAUGGCCCAAACAACGCUAGAUUGUUCUCUAAAGCACGAAAUGGAGGAAAAGGGGCUUGGUCUUCAAAAAGGAAUGAUCUUAACCAAUGGUUACAGAUUGAUUUCAAACGACAAACUGUUGUGGUUGGUAUCAGCACUCAGGGAAGAGAAGAUUGCUGCUCACAGUGGGUAAAAAACUACACGUUGUAUUACAGCAUCAAUGGGGUAUCAUUUCUCCCAUACAAAUAUCAUGGCCAAGUCAAGGUGGGUACAUUUGGCACAGUGCCUAAUGCCUUUUAUCUAUGCGAUCAGGGUUAUAUUUAUGCAUUCCAUUGUCAAUUUGACUUAUUCCUGUGUGAAAGGAUCUUUCUAGUUUGAAUUUACCAACACCGCAGGUUAUACCAAAGGAUGCCGCAAAAAAGUUACCCUUUUUUGACUCAUUGUAUUUAAAAAAAACCCUGAAAAAUCCAUAUUAUACAAAUAAAAUUUAUUGAUGGUAGUUAUGUCUACAGUAACUUAAAUUUUGAUGUAUGCCAUGCACAUUCCUAUGAAAUAUUGGCCGGGAUAUAGGCGUUUAUACUCAAGGUUGCGUUUUUGGAAUAAGCCAAAAAUGAUCAAAAAUGGUCUAUUAAUUUGCAUUAUGGUAAUAAAAUGGCAAUUUUUUCUUCCUCCAGAAAUGCUACCUUGAGAUUAAACGCUAAUAUCCUAUAGAAAUGUUUACGGCGUACAUCAAUAUUUAAUUAGUUUGGAUCCUAGUGCUUCAAUGAACUUUAUUUGAAUAAGAUAACUUCUCUAGUUUUUUAAUUACAAUGAGUCGAAGAGAGGAACAUUUUUUGCGCCAUCCGUUAAGUAUGAGGAAAUUGGAGUAUCCGAUAAUAAACAAGGGAUAACCCUUAGAUUUUCUAAGCAUCUCUAAAGAGAGCAAUUUCGAAACGAUUAAUUAUUCAAUAUUUAUGUGAUAUCUUUGAAGUAACUUUUAAGCGACUACUUCAAUUGUGUUUUCAAAAAAUAUCGAGUUUUCUUAUCAUCAGUGAUAUUUAAUCGCAUCGUUUUAACAGCGAAUGUAUAGAAAUGAUAGACGGUUCGAUCUUACUUUAGGUAUUCAAAGGAAACACAGAUAAACAUUCUGUAGUUCACAAUCCUAUUUCACCCGCCAUUGUCGCUCGAUAUAUCAGACUUGCACCAAAGUCGUGGAAUGAACACAUCUCUCUUCGUAUUGAAUUUUAUGGAUGUUGA